CCUCGUCGCUUUGGCGUUAUACUAUUGGUCCAUUGCAUCCACGACACGACUAUCCGAUCUCGACCUGAAGCCUGCGUACUCCCAUCCCCCUUCCUCAAGUUCCUUGCUUGCAGCUGCAACAUCAUUGGACGAAAAGCCAUGUCUAGAUCUCUCAUAAAAUCAUGUUUGAGCCGCCUGCUGGAAGGCAUCCACCACAACCGUCGAUCUUUACAAACCCUGGCUUAUGAGGAGGUCAAAUCGUCUCAGGACAGGCCCGCUGAGUUCACUGCUUUUGUACUCCACGGCCUCCUGGGCUCCGGUCGGAACUGGCGCUCCUUCUCCCGAUUGCUCGCUUCGCGUCUUUCUCCCUCCGUUUGGAGGAUGGUUCUUGUGGAUUUGAGGAAUCACGGCAAGUCUGCUGAGGUAGAAGGAUUGUUGCCACCUCAUAAUCUGGAAAACGCUGCGAAAGAUCUCGCCAAUUUGGUGAAUUCCGAAGGUUGGAAGUGGCCGGAUGUUGUUAUAGGUCAUUCAAUGGGAGGGAAGGUUGCUUUGCAAUUUGCUCAACAUUGUGUUAAUGGGCAAUUUGGGGAAAAUGUUAGCUUGCCCAAACAGCUGUGGGUACUUGAUUCCGUUCCUGGAAAAGUGAUAGAGGAUAAUAGCGAUGGUGAAGUGGAAAAAGUUCUGCAGACCUUGCAGAGUCUACCUUCUACAGUCCCGUCGAGGAAGUGGUUGGUAGAUCACAUGCUGAAGCUUGGGUUUUCAAAGAGUUUAUCACAUUGGAUCGGAAGCAACCUCAAGAAAUCCGGCAACAAGGAAACUUGGGCAUUUAAUCUUGACGGGGCUGUGCAGAUGUUUAAGUCUUACAGAGAGAUGGAUUAUUGGCCCCUGUUGGAGCAGCCACCCAAAGGCAUGACAAUAUCCAUAGUACGUGCUGAGAAUAGCGACAGAUGGAGCCGGGAUAUCAUAGAACAGCUGGAUCACGUGGCCUCUAAACGGGAUGAUGAAACAGUGGGGAAAACCUUGAUUCAUGUCCUUCCAAAUUCAGGGCACUGGGUUCAUGUCGACAACCCGAAAGGGCUUCUGGAGAUUGUAGCUCCCGGGAUGGCUUCCCUGAGGUAGCGAUACAUAUCAGAUCCAUUUAUAUAUAUAUAUAUAUAUAUAUAGUUUGAGUAAUGAAUAAAUAGUGUAAACAUAUGUUGGUUCUCUGUUUUGCGUAACAUUUGAUUUCAUUCGUUGUUUUUUUUUUUUUUAUCCAUGACAUGAAAAUUCAUGGUCGCUACUGAGUAAACUUCAAUAAGUAAACCGUUGGUUGAAUCUAAUAGUCGGUUGGAAGGAAGAUCAUGUUAGCAUGUAUUUUUUGGAAACUUCCACUGCUUUUUUUCAUAUAU